AUGUCAGAUGUAGAAAUAUUAGUAAAUAGUGCUUUAAAUGCAGUAACAACAGAAGAUUGGGCAAAAUGUGGCGAACACUGCAACGAAAUUCAAGAAGACGAUUUGAUUAAGGAAGGUUUAAGAGUCGAAAUUUUGGAGCCUUUAUUAUCACAAUUAAUCCUGACGAUAGUUCUACUGAUGAAGACGAUGAUGAAGAUGAUUAAAAAAUUGCGGGAAAACAGUUGGAGUAGCCCUGAUGAAAAACGGCCACUUGGCGCGCAUCGAUCGCGGCUCACUUUUCGCCUCGCGUACUAUAGUCGUGUUCUUCAAGGUAUAAAUAACGAUGUUUUAUGUACUAAAAACUGCAUUGAAGAUGUUAUUACAAAUUUAGAAAAUAAACGCAAUAAUUGCCAAUCAACAUUUAAAGAGAUAUAUAAAGAAUGUGAAGAGUUAAUGAUUGAAAUGGACAUCGAAGUUAAAUUGCCAAGAUUAUCAAAAAAACAAACCAACCGUGCUAAUCAUCCGUCAAAAACAACAGAAGAAUAUUAUAGAGUUUCUGUUUAUAUACCAUUGAUCGAUAGCAUUAUUGAAGAUUUAAAAUCACGUUUCUUGAGUAAAGAAAAUAAGUUAUUAUUGAAUUUAUGUCUGUUAAUUCCACGAUACAUUGUUGAUACUACUGAUGAAGAUUUGAAAAAAUUAAUUAAAGCUGCCAUAAAAUUAUAUAAUUUUAAUGAAAUAGAACUCACUGAUAAAUUGGAACUACAGACAGAAUUGGAACUAUGGAAAACAAAAUGGCAGGGUGUAAAAAAUGAAGGUCAUAAAGUUUAUCAAGAUGCUUUGUUAUCAAUUGAUAGUUGCAAUGCUAUUAUUUUCCCUAAUGUGCACAAUUUAUUACAGAUUAUCGCUUCUCUGCCUAUUAGUGUAGCUUCUGCCGAACGCAGCUUCUCUACACUUAGAAGGUUAAAAACUUGGCUGAGAUCGAAAAUGGGCCAGGAUAGGCUUACAGGCUUGGCAUUAUUAAACAUACAUAGAGCUAUUGAAGUAAAUGUUGACGAUGUAAUUGAUAGAUUUACAAGUAUUAAAAAGAGAAAUAUGGAUUUUGUUUUGUAA